CUCGCGUCCCAGCUGCUCACCACAGCCUGCAACACCCUUUUCAUUUAUUUGUCUUUUUUAUUUGUAUUAGUGAGUUUGUUGUUUGUUUGUUUGUUUGUGAGGAACUCCUGCGCCAACAUGAAUCCGCCCUGUGGAAGAUGCAAUAAAUCAGUUUAUCCCACAGAAAAAAUAAAUUGCCUUGAUAAGUAUUGGCACAAAGGUUGUUUCAGCUGCGAGGUUUGCAAAAUGGCCCUGAGCAUGACGACCUACAAAGGCUUCGAGAAGAAACCGUACUGCAGCAUGCAUUAUCCCAAAACCUCCUUCACCAUCGUGGCCGACACGCCCGAGAAUCUGCGUCUCAAACAACAGAGCAUGCUCAACAGCCAGGCUCUCUACAAAGGGGACUUUGAAAAGAACAAAGGGAAAGGCUUCAGCGUGGUGGUCGACACUCCGGAGAUGCAGAGACUGAAGAAGACCCAAGACCAGAUCAGCAACAUAAAGUACCACGAAGAGUUUGAGAAGAGCCGGAUUCGAAGCGACGCACCUCCACCUGAGAACAGACAAGACGGUGAGGAACAACCAUCCAACCCUGAGAGAUUCAGUCAGCCGGUCGGACAAACGCGCCCCGCUGCUGUAGCACCACCUGGUGGAGAGAGACGUUACCAGGCCGUGUACAGCUACGCGGCCGCAGAAGCGGAUGAAGUUUCCCUGCAGGAAGGCGACCUUCUGUCGGACGUGGAGCAGAUAGACGAAGGGUGGAUGUUCGGCUGCAACCAGCGCACGGGCCAGCGGGGCAUGCUGCCGGCCAACUACGUCAGGCCCGUGUGAGGCGGGGAGGGAGACCCCAGCAGCGCGCGAGCCGGUCCGUGAAUCCGUCAGACUUCUUACUCAAAAGCACCUUCUUUUUUUUUUUUGCCAAUUUAAAAUGAAUUGAAAAAUAAAUCCGCUUUUUUUGUUGUUGUUGUUUGUUGUCAGAAAUGAGAUUUUUAAAAGAAGGAGGAAAAAAGAAGAAAAAAAAAGUGAUGUGUGGUUUGUUGAAAAAUGAGAUUAUUCAGAGUGAAAUUUCACAAAAUACUCAAAGUUGAAGAGUUUGUAAAGAAUAGAGGACCGCAGAGGGAUUACAUUUACAAAACAGAAGAAAUAAUGUUAAAUAAACCAACAAUUAUUCUCACAAUGUGUACUUUUUCCUUUUCUGAACAGCCUUUAUUGUAUUUGACCUUUGGCAGUUUAGCCCUGAACAACUGGUGCGUUCACGCGCUGCAGGUGAAACACCUGAAUUAAUUUUUUAAAACCCAUUUGACCCUUUGAUAUGUCAAGAAAGUGACAUAUGAAACUGUAAAAGACAAAUUAUAAUGUUGCUUCAAUCCGUUUGUUCUACCGCGUUUGUGACUUAUUCAUAUUCCCUUUCAGAAGGAUGAAAUAAAUAAUGUUUAAUAUUAAAAUAUAAUUGAUUUUUGUGUGCUAUAAGUAUCUUAUAAAUUGUAUUUCACUCCAGCACUUUUUGUAAUGAAUAAUAAAACAGUAAUAUACAACACAUCACCUUUAUUCAAAAAUCACUGUAGAGUAAAACUUUACUAAAUAUAAACUGGCUUUUUAAAAUAAGGCAAAAAGCGUAAUUUACAAAUUAAUGUCUGAAGUUAAAACACUUAAACUUU